AUGUCAGCUAGGUUACUGAAGAAAGUCUUGAAAGAACAAGAACUGCAACAGCAACAGCAUCAUGAAGAGGCUUUAGAAGAAGAAGCUGAAUCUCCUGAUUCGGGAACUCGCCCUGCAAAAAACCCAUUUGACCUUCUCAAUGAUGAUGACGUUGAUCAGGAGGAUGAGCCUGAAAUUGAUGAUCAAACCAUAGUGGGAAACACUCACAAACAGGAAGUGUCUGGGAUGAAAAGCAUGGCUGUUGAAGAACCUUUGGAGAACGCAUUAAAUAGUUUAUCCUUGGAUGUUAAUUCUUCAAGACAUCAACCUGGCCCCACCAAAACCAAACCAGAAACUUCCAAACCCUGUGCAGAAAUUGUGAAACAGUGUGCACCUUCUGCCUUACAAGUGGAUCCCAAAUGUUUGAAUCCCGAGAACGAGCUACGUAGAAUUUUUGGUUCUAAGGUGGUGAAAUCAUUUGAGAAAAGCAAUCAAGCCAGCAGUUCUAGACAGGUUCGUGGGGGCAGACGUGGAGCCCAUCAUACUAGAAAGACUAUUCUAGUCUCUCCAUCGGAGCAUUGGCCUCGGUGGGAUGGAUCUUUAUCCAUGGAGUUUUUGGAAACUAAAGAUGGAUACCAUCAUUUUAGGUAUGUUCAUUCAUCUUCCUAUGAUCAAGCGCAGAGGGAAUUCGAAGCUGCCAAAGCUAUUCAUGAUCUGAAUGGCAUAGCAAGCAUUCUAUUAUACCACCCUUAUCACCUAGAUUCACUUGUAACAAUGGCAGACUAUUUUAAAUUUGUGGGUGAGCAUCAAAUGUCAGCUGAUUCUAUUGCGAAGAGUUUAUAUGCCUUGGAAUGUGCAUGGCAUCCUACAUUCACCCCCUUGCAGGCAAAUUGCCAGUUGAAGAACAAUCACGAAACCAAUAAGCCACUAUUUCUAACACUUUUCACUCACAUGAAAAACUUGGACAGGCGUGGUUGUCAUCGUUCUGCCCUUGAGGUUUGCAAACUUUUGCUUUCGUUGGAUUUAGAUGAUCCAAUGGGGGCCAUGUUCUGUGUUGAUUACUUUGCUUUGAGGGCAGAGGAGUAUGCAUGGUUGGAACAGUUUUCUGAAGACUAUAAAAGUGAUAACUCUUUAUGGUUGUUUCCAAAUUUCUCAUAUUCUCUUGCCAUUUGUCGGUUUUAUCUUGAGCGAGAGGAAUCCUCAAAAGAUGCGAAUGCUAGUGGUACAAAGUCUAAUUCAGCUGAUUUGAUGAAGCAGGCUUUAAUGCUUCACCCUUCAGUCGUUAAAAAGUUAGUAGCCAAGGUACCUUUGAAAGAUCAGGCGUGGACAAAUAUACUAAAGCAUGCAUUUUUUCGAUCAGAGAAAACAGGGUCUGCAUCAUUGGAUCAUCUGAUUAAUAUCUAUGUAGAGAAAAGUUAUAUCGUAUGGAGGCUUCCAGACUUGCAAAAAUUACUUUGUAACAGUGCUCUACAAGUGAUUGAAACUCUAGAACAUGGUAGCUGUGAUGCCAAGGAUUGGGCUUGUGUGAGAAAAGAGGCCUUUUCAUCUGAGAACAAUGAGUACAGCCAUCUGUUGGUGUCAGACUUCUCUGAUAUAGUCCCUACCCUUCCACCUGAGAACUUGCAAAACUUCAUGGUUGACCCAAGGAUGAGGGAGGCUGAGCAAAAUGGAGGACACAUUGCCUUCCCACUUGAUGGUGGCCCAGCUCGACGUGAUGUUGCGAAUCGAAAUGCAUUGGCUGUCUUGUUUGAAUCUAUGUUGCCAUGGGUGAAUUAUGGGGGUAGAGGGGAUGAAGGAGGCAAUGAGGAAAAUCAAGUUAAUGGACACGAGCAAGAUGACGAAUGA